UUCUGUGUAGUUAAGUCGGAAUAUUUCGUAUAGUUCUCGUCGACUGUCGUGUGACAUUUGUUCUCUAAUUCAGAAACGCAUAUAAAAACACAUCGAUAAUACAAAUUACGAAUAUUCAUGAAAACAAACAACAAAAACCAAAAACCAUCUAAAUAUUAAAAUUUCAAUUCGCUUCAAUAAUAUAUUAUAAAUAUAACAACAACUUAAUCAAAUUAAUUCGCCACAAAAUCGCAAACAUAUUUGAAAAAUUCGUUGACUCGAUUCCAUAACACGAACAAGCCGCAUAUUCGAGUUUUUAACUGUUAAACCUAAACGAGCAGCAAGAUCACAUAGAGAGUGAAAAGAGAGAUACAUAGAUAUAUAGAGAGUACAUGCGUGUGUGCUUAAAUACUGGAAAAUACAGAUAAGAUAAAUACUAUAAGCACUAAACCAGCCGCCGAAUAUACAUUUAUAGCAGGCUAACCCCGAAAAGUAACGCAGAAAAUCAAAUACAGUCAAAUCAAUAAGUAACAGACAAUUCAAGUGAAAAUCAGAAACAAAUCAGAAACUGUUGAAAUAAAAAGUGCUAAAAAAUAACGACAACAAAAACUCGAGCAAAUAAGCAACAGCCAUUUUGAGAGAAAAAGAAAACCAAAAGCGUCCAGGGAAUCGGUGCAAAUCGUUAACAAUUUUUUCUCGCAAAGGCGCCACGUCCAAGAGCAAAUCGUUCCAUAUGGUUCAUAUUAUCGAAUUGGUCGGCCAGCCGAAGGUUGAGUUUGCUCAACAAGUUACUGUAAGUUGCCAUCAUCCAUUAAUACCACCAGCCAUCAAAUUAAUGAACCGUGCUUUACAGCUGAAGCCAGCUGAAAAUGAAAGUCGCAGCGAGCAUUUAGAUCGCAAGCUGUUCGUUGGCAUGCUCAGCAAACAACAAUCCGAAGACGAUGUUAGACAAAUCUUCCAUCCGUUCGGCACUAUAGAGGAGUGCACCAUACUGCGCGGGCCGGACGGUGCCAGCAAAGGCUGCGCUUUCGUCAAAUUCGGUUCGCAGCAGGAGGCCCAGUCAGCAAUAACCAAUCUACACGGAAGUCAAACUAUGCCGGGUGCAUCCUCCAGCCUGGUCGUCAAAUACGCCGACACGGAGAAGGAGCGACAAAUAAGGCGCAUGCAGCAAAUGGCCGGUCACAUGAACCUCCUGAACCCGUUCGUCUUUAAUCAGUUCAGUCCGUACGGCGCCUACGCUCAGCAACAGCAGCAGGCCGCCCUGAUGGCCGCCGCUGCCACAGCACCCGGCUCGGCCGCCGCCUACAUGAACCCGAUGGCGGCCCUGGCAACGCAGAUACCUCACGGCCUCAACGGCACCGGCCAGCCGCCGUCGCUUCCCUCGCCGACCAUGCCCAACUUCAACAUGGGCGCCAACACGCCCAACGGCCAGCCCGGAGGAGCCGCCGCCGCUGCCGCUGCGGCUGCUGCUGCGGACGGUGUCUUCACGAACGGCAUUCCUCAAACGGCAUUCCCAGGACAUCCGCUGCACUUGACUAUACCGCCACAAGGUUUGCCAAACGGCGAUGCUGCUACCCUGCAACAUGCCUUCCCUGGUCUGCCACCAUUUCCAGGAGUUGCCUUUCCCGCCGUCUAUGGACAGUUUCCACAAGCUUUACCACCUCCCCUAGCGGCGGUUGCACCCACUCAGCGUGAAGAUUUUCUGAUGUUCCCAGGAUGUUCAAUAUCCGGACCCGAGGGCUGCAAUCUCUUUAUCUACCAUUUGCCCCAAGAGUUUGGUGACGCCGAGUUAAUGCAAAUGUUCCUGCCGUUCGGCAAUGUGAUCAGCUCCAAGGUCUUCAUUGAUCGUGCUACAAACCAGAGCAAAUGUUUCGGUUUUGUUUCUUUCGAUAAUCCCGCCAGCGCUCAAGCGGCCAUUCAGGCAAUGAAUGGCUUCCAGAUUGGCAUGAAAAGACUGAAAGUUCAAUUGAAGCGGCCAAAGGAUGCCAGUCGACCCUAUUAACAAUCGGAGUUCCUUAAACGCAAUUCACACCAACAAACUGGAGCCCCAACAUCAGCAGCCUGCUUCCCAGCAGCUUUGCCAACUACUACACCAUUUUCCGCCGCACCUCCGACAGCAGCAGUCACCACAGCCCCCGCAACAGCAACAACAUCAGCACAUUACAACCAUCUUGGCGGCGGCUUUGGGCCGACACUACCCUCUGAGAGCUCCACCCACAACCCCCAUAACGCCCACAACGCCAUGCCCUACACAUUCGCCAGCUGGCGCAGCGGUACCUACUGCUACCGCUACAGCAACGAGAGCAGCAGCAGAAACUCCAACGACAACUGCGGCGACAACAGCAUCAUCAACAACCACACCCACAAUAGCAACAGCAACAUGACCGAUCCAGAGUCGCAGUCCAACGAUCCACCCAAUACCAACUGCUCCAAGGUGGAGUUAGUCGAGAAACUAUUCAUGUGGCAGCAGCAAAAGCGAAAGGCCUAGGAGAACUAGGAUCGAUCGCCGCACUGCAGCUGCAACAGGGAAACGAGCAACUAUUGAUGGGAUGGUCUUCAGCCCGGCUAAGAAAAAACGAUUAAAGAAAUUGAAUACAUGCUAAGCGUAU